CUCCACCUACAGCGUCUUGUCCAUCAUGCCCUCCGACUCUGAGAGCAGCAGCUCCCUCAGCAGUGUGGGAACCACCGGGAAGGCACCGUCCCCACCGCCCCUCCUCACUGACCGCCAGGUGAAUGAGAAGGUGGAGAACCUCUCCAUUCAGCUGCGGCUGAUGACCCGGGAGAGGAACGAACUGCGGAAGCGCCUGGCCUUCGCCACUCACGGGACGACCUUUGACAAGAGGCCCUACCACAGGCUGAACCCUGACUAUGAGAGGCUGAAGAUCCAGUGUGUGCGGGCCAUGUCGGACCUGCAGAGUCUGCAGAACCAGCAUACCAAUGCCUUGAAGAGGUGUGAGGAGGUGGCCAAGGAGACUGACUUCUACCACACACUCCACAGCCGGCUCCUGAGUGACCAAACCCAGCUGAAGGACGACGUGGACACGCUGCGGCGGGAGAAUGGGCAGCUGCUGCGGGAGCGGAACCUGCUGCAGCAGUCCUGGGAGGACAUGAAGCGGCUCCACGAAGAGGACCAGAAGGAGAUUGGCGACCUCCGGGCCCAGCAGCAGCAGGUGUUGAAGCACAACGGGUCGUCGGAAAUCCUCAGCAAGCUGUACGACACGGCCAUGGACAAGCUGGAGGUGGUCAAGAAGGACUACGACGCCCUGCGGAAGAGGUACAGCGAGAAGGUUGCCGUCCACAACUCGGACCUGAGCCGCCUGGAGCAGCUGGAGGAGGAGAACCAGCGCCUGCUGAAGCAGACGGACAUGCUGACCCAGCAGAGGGACACGGCCAUCCAGCUGCAGCACCAGUGCGCCCUCUCCCUGCGGAGGUUCGAGGCGAUCCACCAUGAGCUGAACAAGGCCACGGCCCAGAACAAGGACCUGCAGUGGGAGAUGGAGCUGCUGCAGUCGGAGCUGACGGAGCUGAGGACCACGCAGGCGAAGACCGCCAAGGAGUCGGAGAAGUACAAGGAGGAGCGGGACGCUGUGUACAGCGAGUACAAGCUCAUUAUGAGCGAGCGCGACCAGGUCAUCUCCGAGCUGGACAAGCUGCAGACCGAAGUGGAGCUGGCCGAGUCCAAGCUCAAAAGCAGCACGUCGGAGAAGAAGGCGGCCAGCGAGGAGAUGGCGGCCCUGCGGCAGAUCAAAGACACGGCGGCCAUCGACGCCGGGAGAGCCGACAAGGAGGCCGAGACCCUGCGAAAGCAGUGCAAGGCUCUGUGCCAGGAGCUGAAGGAAGCCCUCCAAGAGGCAGAUGUGGCCAAGUGCCGGCGGGACUGGGCCUUCCAGGAGCGGGACAAGAUCGUGGCCGAGCGGGACAGUAUCCGGACGCUUUGCGACAACCUGAGGCGGGAGCGCGACAGGGCAGUGACCGAGCUGGCGGAGGCCCUGCGCAGCCUGGACGACACUCGCAAACAGAAGAAUGACGUCAGCCGGGAGCUCAAGGAGCUCAAGGAGCAGAUGGAAUCCCAGCUGGAAAAGGAGGCCCGAUUCCGGCAGCUGAUGGCCCACAGUUCCCACGACUCAGCCAUCGACACAGAUUCCAUGGAGUGGGAAACGGAAGUUGUAGAGUUUGAAAGGGAGACGGAGGACAUUGACUUGAAGGCACUGGGGUUCGAUAUGGCGGAAGGUGUGAAUGAGCCUUGUUUGCCCGGGGACUGCGGCAUAUUUGUCACUAAGGUGGACAAAGGAAGCAUUGCAGACGGCCGCUUACGGGUCAAUGACUGGCUGCUGAGGAUCAACGACGUGGACCUCAUCAACAAGGACAAGAAGCAGGCCCUCAAGGCGCUCCUCAACGGGGAGGGGGCCAUCAACAUGGUCGUGCGGCGGAGGAAGUCCCUGGGCGGGAAGGUGGUCACGCCCCUGCACAUCAACCUGAGCGGACAGAAAGACAGCGGCAUCAGUCUGGAGAAUGGAGUGUAUGCGGCCGCCGUGGUGCCCGGAAGCCCCGCCGCCAAAGAGGGGUCUCUUGCCGUGGGGGACAGGAUUGUGGCGAUCAAUGGCAUCGCACUGGACAACAAGUCCCUGAAUGAGUGUGAGUCUCUGCUGCGUAGCUGCCAGGACUCCCUGACCCUCUCCCUCCUGAAGGUGUUCCCUCAGAGCUCUUCAUGGAGUGGCCAGAACAUCUUUGAAAACAUCAAGGACUCUGAUAAGAUGCUGAGUUUCCGAGCCCACGGCCCAGAGGUCCAGGCUCAGAAUAAGCGGAACCUGAUGCAGCACAACAACUCCACGCAGACGGACAUCUUCUGCACAGACAGGCCGGAGGACAGGAAGGAGCCGGGCCCCCCAGGCGGUGGCAGCUCCUUCCUGCACAAGCCGUUCCCUGGGGGGCCCUUCCCAGCUGCCCCCAACACGUGUCCCAGUGCCUCCGAGCGUAGCCUGAGCUCCUUUCGCUCGGAUGCCUCUGGGGAGCGUGGCUAUGGGCUGGGGGACAUGUGUGCCCGGCGGCCACUGCUGCCCUUCGAGACUGAGGCUGGUUCCUGCGGGGUGACGGAGGCUCCCCUGGACAAGGCCGAGCCCGAGGGCCCCCACAGCGGCGGGACCUGGCCCAAGGCCGGGCUCAGCUCCGCGGCAGCACCCGAGAAGCUCUCUGUUUACAAGAAGCCAAAGCAAAGAAAGUCCAUCUUCGAUCCUAACACUUUCAAACGCCCCCAGACUCCCCCCAAAAUAGACUACUUGCUCCCCAGCCCUGGGCCCACUCAUUCCCCCCAGCCCUCCAAGAGGGUGGGAACUCUGACGCCCCCAAAACCUCCCCGGAGGAGUGACUCCAUUAAGUUCCAGCACAGGCUAGAAACCAGCUCCGAAUCCGAGGCCACUCUGGUGGGCAGCUCCCCGUCCACCAGCCCCCCAAGUGCCCUGCCCCGCGACGUGGACCCUGGGGAACCCAUGCACGCCUCGCCCCCUCGCAAGGGCAGGGUCCGCAUUGCUUCCAGCUACUACCCUGAAGCGGAUGGGGACUCCUCCUACCUGCCCGCCAAGAAGUCCUGUGAUGAGGACCUCACCUCCCAGAAGGUGGACGAGCAGGGACAGAAGCGUCGCCGGCCAAAGUCUGCGCCCAGCUUCCGGCCGAAGCUCGCGCCAGUGGUGAUCCCUGCUCAAUUCCUGGAGGAGCAGAAGUGGGUCUCAGCCAGCGGAGAAGUCUCCCCAGAGCUCCCGGAGUGGUCCCCUUACUCGCCAGGUCACUCCAGCCGGCACAGCAACCCCCCGCUCUACCCUGGCAAGGCAUCUGUGGGCACCGUUCCCCGGAGCUUGACCCCAAGCACCACUGUGAGCUCCAUCCUGAGGAACCCCAUCUACACCGUGCGUAGCCACAGGGUUGGCCCUUGCAGCUCUCCACCCGUCCCCAGAGAGGUCGGCCCCCAGGUUUUGCAUCCCAGUGUCCAGCACCAGGGACGCCUGAGCCUGGACCUGAGCCACCGGGCCUGCAGCGACUACUCGGAGAUGAGAGCCUCCCACGGGUCCAACUCACUGCCCUCCAGCGCCCGCCUGGGGUCUACAAGCAACUUGCAGUUCAAGGCCGAGCGCAUUAAAAUCCCAUCAACGCCAAGAUACCCCCGGUCUGUUGUGGGCUCCGACAGAGGUUCAUUGUCGCAUUCUGAAUGCAGCACACCCCCGCAGUCACCCCUCAACAUCGACACCCUGUCCUCUUGUAGCCAGUCCCAGACCUCAGCGUCCACGUUGCCUAGGAUUGCUGUCAACCCCGUGGCCCUCGGGGAGCGGAGAAAGGACAGGCCCUACAUGGAGGAGCCGCGCCAUGUCAAGCUGCAGAAGGGCUCAGAGCCCCUGGGCAUCUCCAUUGUGAGUGGAGAGAAGGGCGGUGUCUACGUCUCCAAGGUGACUGGGGGCAGCAUCGCUCACCAGGCUGGCCUUGAGUAUGGGGACCAGUUACUUGAGUUCAAUGGCAUAAACCUGCGGAGCGCCACGGAGCAGCAGGCCCGCCUCAUCAUCGGGCAGCAGUGCGACACCAUCACCAUCCUGGCCCAGUACAACCCACACAUGCACCAGCUCAGCAGCCACUCCCGGUCCAGCUCCCACCUGGACCCUGCCAGCACCCACUCCACUCUCCAGGGCAGCAGUGCUACGGUCCCGGAGCAUCCCUCAGGCAUUGACCCGCUGAUGGAGCAGGACGAGGGCCCUGGCACCCCCCCGACCAAGCAGAGCGCCCCCAGUUCCAGGAUGGUGGGAGAUGCCAACAAGAAGCCCCCAGAGCCACGAGUGGUCUUUGUCAGAAAGUCCCAGCUGGAGCUUGGAGUGCAUCUGUGUGGUGGGAACCUGCACGGGGUGUUUGUGGCCGAGGUGGAGGACGACAGUCCUGCCAAGGGCCCCGACGGCCUGGUGCCGGGCGACCUCAUCCUGGAGUACGGCAGUCUGGACGUGCGCAGCAAGACGGUGGAGGAGGUCUACGUGGAGAUGCUGAAGCCCAAGGAUGGCGUCCGCCUGAAGGUGCAGUACCGCCCAGAGGACUUCUCCAAGGUCAAGGGCCUGCCUGGCGACAGCUUUUACAUCAGGGCCCUGUACGACCGGCUGGCGGAGGUGGAGCAUGAGCUGAGCUUUAAGAAAGACGAUAUCCUCUAUGUCGAAGACACCCUGCCCCAGGGCGCGUUUGGGUCCUGGAUGGCCUGGCAGCUGGACGAGAACGCCCAGAAGAUCCAGCGUGGGCAGAUCCCCAGCAAAUAUGUGAUGGACCAAGAGUUCUCCAGGAGGCUCAGCAUGUCGGAAGUCAAAGAUGACAGCAACGCCUCCAAGACGCUGUCCGCGGCUGCGCGCAGAUCCUUCUUUCGAAGAAAACACAAGCACAAGCGCAGCGGGUCCAAAGAUGGGAAAGACCUCCUCGCCUUGGACGCCUUUUCCAACGACUCCAUUCCACUCUUUGAAGAUUCGGUGAGCCUUGCCUACCAGCGGGUACAGAAAGUAGACUGUACCUCCCUGAGGCCCGUCCUGAUCCUCGGGCCGUUACUGGACGUGGUGAAGGAAAUGCUGGUGAACAAGGAGCCCAGCAAGUUCUGCAGAUGCCCCCUGGAGGUGAUGAAGGCCUCCCAGCAGGCCAUUGAGCGAGGCGUCAAAGACUGCCUGUUUGUCGACUAUAAGCGCAGGAGCGGCCAUUUCGACGUGACCACGGUGGCUUCCAUAAAGGAGAUCACAGAAAAGAACUGGCACUGUCUGCUGGAUGUCGCCCCCCACGCCAUCGAGCGGCUGCACCACAUGCACAUCUACCCCAUCGUCAUCUUCAUUCACUACAAGAGCGCCAAGCACAUCAAGGAGCAGAGAGACCCCGUGUACCUGAAGGACAAGGUGACACAGAGGCAUUCCAAAGAGCAGUUUGAGACGGCUCAGAAGAUUGAGCAGGAGUACAGUAGGUACUUCACAGGGGUCGUCCAGGGAGGAGCUCUGUCGAGCAUUUGCGAUCAGAUCGUGGCCUUGGUCAGCCAAGAGCAGAGCAAAGUCCUGUGGAUUCCAGCCUGCCCGCCGUAGGCCGCUGUGCUGGGAACAGAGGCAGCUUGUCACCAGCGUCCGUCCUGGCUCAGCUUCUCUGACUGAAAGUCCAUCGGAGUAUGAGCACCGGAGGAGGCUCCACCAGCAGGGCCCCAGACAGUGGGCCGCAGACGCACAGACCGUCUUCCUCACACGUGUGCUUUAAGACAAAAACAGUAACCACCCGGGACUCCUGCUAGAGGUUCCACACCAGCCUUCCGAGGCCGCGAUCCGCGAUGCUGCAGAGAACCUUUCAUAUCCCAAGUUUACAAGCCUUUCUAAGUAUUUGGUUGUUUCUGUUUACUUGAACGGCCCAUGUUGUUGGUGGCCAGCCCCUACCCCUGUCCAUCCCGUGUUGCUUUCGUGUUUUGGUUUUGUUCCUGUUUUCAGCAAAACAACUCUGGAACCUCAAUGGGCUGCUCUGCUCUGGAAGGUUCGUGGUGGGACCAGAGCUCUGAAAACCUCACCUCCUCGGUGGCGUCUCUCCCAGAAGGACAGCGCCAUGGCAGAUGCUUGGACGUCGGUGGUGGCAGAACCAGUGCCUUCGUGGGGCCGACGCGCCAGCGGCAGUGGUUUCCCUGCCCACACCAGGGCAGGCGACACUGGCAUCUCACAGACUCGUCUCAGACCUUCCCUCCUGCCUGCACGCCCUCUCAUCUCUCCUCCACCUGCCUUGAUCGUUUCCGCCUCUCUCUGUCCUUCGGAGCCGCCCGGGCUCACACCGCCGACUGGUUCUGGCAGGAGGCUCAGCCGAUGCAUGCUGUUGGUCCUCUGUAGGUUCUGUAAAUAGAGACAGCCUUUCUCAGUGCAAUGUUUGCAGGGUACUUCUCAAACUGUAGAGGGAGCAGACACGUCAGCUCUUUUGGACAUGGAAAAUGUUUCAAACUUUGAUAGUCUUUGGGGAAGCCUAGUGGUUAGUGUUGUCGCUGUCGAAAUCUAAAAAGCAGGCAGGAUCCUUUAGUCUUGGCUGCAGCGCUCCGGCAUGCCCAGUGCUCCUUGAAGAUGUCUUUGUUGGGACUUUUGUCUUUUCUUUUUUUUUGCACUUCUGACGCUGGGUAUCUCUGGCUGCAGAUUUGAUGUGGUUCCUCCCUAAACUGUGCAUCCUGUUGUUAAUAGGUACUGUACUGGGCUCCGUGUGUCACUGGGGUAGGACUAUAUUUUAAUACUGUUCCUAACAUUUCAUUUUACUAGCGAGAAAUCCUUGAUUUCAUUUUAUCCUUUGUAAUUCUAGACACUAGAUGAUAGUGUAGCCAUACUGACAUUUUUUAAAAAGGGAUAUAUUUUCUUGCACAGUUGUUCAAAGAGAGACACGCCUGGGUCCUCAAUGCUGCCCUUCGUUUUACAGGUACAAGUUUCUAGCUCAGACAGCCGAGACAUGAGGCUGUCUCGAGUCUUACGCGCUAUCAGGGCGUUGCUCUGAGCUGCAGACAGUGGGACUGUGAUGGUACAGUGUGCACAGGUACUGUUCCGACAGACUGGGAUUUUCUGUAAUGAAACCUUACUUUGUAUCAAAAGCAAAACAGACUUUAGUACAAUAAAUAAAGGUCAAUUUCUGUAACUGGU